CACAGUAAAAAUGUCUUCACUUGAAAAGCGGCUACACCUCAAUAAACUUCCUCCUAUGCCCCCAUCUGGCAUUGGUGGAGGAUUAUCCAAGAGGCCGAUGAUGAGGAAAAAGGACUACUCGCCCGUUACAUGGGAUAAAUAUUUUGAUAAUAAAGAAGAUGUUAAAGUGUCUGAACGAGAAAUAUUUCGUUUGUACUCAUGUGGAGAUGCUGGGCCUGUCUUAUUUUUCCUCCAUGGUGGAGGAUUUUCUGCCUUGUCCUGGGCCCUACUCUCAUCGGUUCUGAGUGGCCUAAUCAGAUGUCGAUGUGCUGCUGUGGAUCUCCGUGGACAUGGUGACACCAGAACGGCAGACGACAAGGACCUCUCCAUUGGCACUUUAUCAAGUGAUGUUGGUAACAUCAUCAAAGCCAAGUAUGGUGAAGACCCUCCUCCAAUUAUGCUAAUAGGACACAGCAUGGGAGGAGCGAUUGCUAUACACACAGCAGAGAAACAGUUGAUUCCGUCUCUGAUUGGACUGUCUGUCAUAGAUGUGGUGGAGGGUACAGCCCUCGAUGCACUAAACAGUAUGCAGAGCUUUCUUCGGAGUCGACCGUCGUUAUUCAAUUCAUUGGAACAUGCCAUCGAGUGGAGUGUGCGGAGUGGCCAAAUAAGAAAUCUUGAAUCGGCUAGGGUGUCCAUGGGUGGUCAAGUCACGAGGGUCAAUCCAGGCGAAGAUGUCUCAUCUCUAAACAUGGAAACAACGGUUCAUUCAACACCCACCAAUAAUACAAUAUCAGAAGAGGAGGAAGAAGAAGGAGAAUCGUCAAAAUCAAAUUCAGGGAACACAGAAAAUAAAAAUACUGGAGCAACAGCAUCAAAUGAAAAAUUUACGUGGCGGAUAAAUCUAUCAAAGACGGAAAAAUAUUGGGAAGGGUGGUUUAGUAAACUGUCGUCAUUAUUUCUAUCGUGUGAAGUGCCAAAAAUGCUACUUCUUGCCGGGGUGGACAGAUUAGACAAGGAACUCACAAUAGGACAGAUGCAAGGUAAAUUCCAGAUGCAAGUGUUACCCCAGUGUGGUCAUGCUGUGCAUGAGGACGUGCCAGAAAAGGUGGCAGACGUCAUCGCAGCAUUCAUCACGCGUCACAAGUUUGCGGAAGCCACAGACAAGUUCCACAAGACAUUCCCUGCCUGUUGAGGAUUGACGUCUGCUCGGAGAAGCUCCUCUGGAUUUAGGACAAGGGAGAAACUUCGACUGGAGAUAUUCAUAUGUUAUGGACUUUUACUAAUUUGGCCUACUGCUAUGAUAAAAUCAUAGAAUGGUGUAUAUCUGUACAUGAACAGGCACAGGGCUGCCAACCAACAGUACUUCAAUGAUCCAUUCAGAGCACUGAAAGUCACUGGUAAUAAUGUUGAAUAGUACUAAUAUGAUGGGCAAGAAUACAAAGAAAGGGAGCUGUCUGAAAACAUUUCCUGAUAGCCAUCAUGGAGGGUUGGCAGCUCUGCCGGACUGAAGUAAGAAUCCGUUGAUUUAUAAGUUGUGUUCAGCACUCUAAAUGUAUAGAAAAAAAUAAGAA